AUGUCUGUGUUCUGGAUAGUUUAUAAGACUGCUCUGCCCGCUCUAGAGCAGGAGUACCUGUUCUGGAUGCGGAACCGCUCUGUGGCCGUUGAAGUGAAGGGGAAUAAGCAUGUUCUGAACCGUUAUGAUGUACAGGUCGGCCUGCCCAGACCGGAGUCCUACAGUGAUGAUCUAGAGCUGGCUGAAGGUCUGACCGAGGAUGCUGCAGAGAGGCUGUGGAAAGAGCUGCAUUCAGGAGCAGAGUCCGGGUGGGACUUCUCGUCUCGCUGGUUUGUGGACGGCCUGGGGAACAACAACGGAUCUCUGAAAGACACCAGAACCAGUCUGCUCAUUCCUACAGACCUCAACGCUCUGCUCUGUCGCAACGAAAGGACACUGGCUCACUUCUACAGGACGCUGGGUAAUGAGUCUGAAGCAGCGCGGUAUGACAAAGCUGUAUCAGCCAGACAAGAGGCCAUAGAGGCAGUGCUGUGGGAUGAGAAGAGGGGCGUCUGGUUGGACUACAGCCUGGUAACCAACACCUCCCACCCUGCAUUCUACCCCACUAACCUGGCCCCUGUCUGGGCAGACUGCUACUCCCAGCCUUCCAUGGGACAGAAGGCACUACACUAUCUACAGACUAGUGGUGGUCUUGCGUUCCCCAACGGUGUCCCUACGUCCCUGGUUGACAGUGGUCAGCAGUGGGACUACCCCAACGCAUGGCCCCCUCUACAACACAUACUCAUCCAAGGCCUGUCCAGUCUGCCCUCACAGGAAGCUAGAGAGCUGGGGUUUGAUUUGGCUCAGCGCUGGAUCAGAACCAACUGGCUGGCCUACGUCAAGUAUGAAGCCAUGUUUGAGAAGGUGAUUAAGAAGAGGUUUAUAAUGUGUGUGACCACAAUGAGGUGCAGGGUGAUGUUGCCCCUAGACAAGGGUUGGUAA